CUCCCAAAGCCAAGACCGUCUCAUUGGUUUGUUUCUGUACCUCCAUAUAUUUUGUAGCUCCCACACCUCUGUUGCAAUUAAUAAUACUCCGUGAGGUGCCAUGAGAACGCUCUGUUUUUUCGAAUAUCUAAUCGGCACCUCGGAGCGUGUAUCCUUCUCCAAAACUCCCAAACACUUCACCACCUUUCUCCACCCCCAACCCAAUUUAGAUCACUCCAUGGACAACGUUGCCUACACGCAACUCCUCCAGUCCACCGCAAGUUCCCAAUCUCUUAUCCACGGGAAGGAAGUCCAUGCUCACAUGAUCAGAGUCCGCUUCAAUCCCUGUCUCUUCCUUCAGAACAAUCUUCUAAACAUGUACUGUAAAUGUGGCGACACGACGUUUGCCCGCCGACUGUUUGAUAGAUUGCCUAAGAGAGAUACUGUGUCAUGGAAUUCACUUAUUUCUGGGUAUAUUCAAACGGGCCAUACCGAUAGAGCCAUGGAUGUGUUUGUGCAAGCAAGAAAUGCCAAUGUUAAGAUCGACCGGUUCAGUUAUGGUACCAUGUUAGGUAUUUGUUCUCGUUCCGGUGACUUGAAGCUGGGGAAGGUGAUCCAUGGGUUGGUUGUAGUUGGUGGAUUUCAUCAGCAUGUUUUCUUGACCAACUCGCUUAUUGACAUGUACUCCAAGUGCGGGAGGAUCGAUGAAGCAACGCGUGUGUUUGAUAAUGCUGCCGAACUAGAUGAUGUUUCAUGGAAUUCAUUGAUUUCGGCUUAUGUUCGGAUUGGUUUAGCUGAGGAUACAUUAAAAAUUUUGAGUCAGAUGCACCAGUUAGAGAUGAAGAUGAAUUCUUUCGCUCUUGGUAGUGUUCUAAAGUCUUGUUCAAGUUUAAAAAGUUCAAAGGUAGUGGGUGAGAUGAUUCAUGGGUGUGUUGUAAAAGUUGGAUUGGACUUUGAUGUAUUUGUUGGCAGUGCGAUGAUUGACUUGUAUGCGAAGAAUGGUGCCUUGAAUAGUGCAGUCAAGGUUUUUAGACUCAUGCCUGAUCCGAAUGUUGUUGUGUUUAAUGCUAUGAUUGCUGGCUUUUGCCGAAUGGAAGUGGAAAUAGAAAAUGAGCUCAUAAAUGAAGCAUUAGGGCUCUUCUCUGAAAUGCAAAGGAGAGGAAUGUGGCCCUCAAAGUUCACAUUCUCGAGUGUGCUGAGAGCUUGUAACUUGGCCAAUGCUUUUGAGUUUGGGAAACAAAUCCACAGCCAAGUGUUCAAAAACAGUCUCCAGAGUGAUGAGUUCAUCGGAAGCGCACUCAUUGACUUGUACUCAAACUCUGGUUCUAUGGAAGAAGGAUUUAGAUGCUUCUACUCUGUCCCUAAGCAAGACAUUGUUACUUGGACAUCCAUGAUUUCGGGUUGUGUUCAGAAUGAGCAUUUUGAAAGUGCACUUAGCUUGUUUCAUGAUAUAUUGAGCAUUGGAAGAAAACCUGAUCAGUUCACUAUAUCAAGUAUCAUGAGUGCUUGUGCAAAUUUGGCUAUGGUGAGAUCUGGGGAGCAGAUUCAGAGUUAUGCCAUAAAAGUUGGAUUUGAUAGGUUCACCAUUUGUGGUAAUUCAAGGAUCUUCAUGUACGCUAGGUCAGGGGAUGUUGAUGCUGCUGAGAAGACAUUCCAGGAGAUGGAAAACCGAGAUGUUGUUUCCUGGUCUGCAAUGAUCUCAACCCAUGCACAACAUGGUUGUACAAGAGAUGCUAUGAUGCUCUUCAAGGAGAUGGAGGAUUGCAUGGUUGCACCAAACCACAUUACUUUCCUAGGUGUUCUUACUGCUUGUAGCCAUGGAGGACUGGUGGAUGAGGGAUUUGGGUACUUUGAAAGCAUGAAAAGAGACUAUGGCUUGAAUCCAAAUGUGAAGCAUUGUGCUUGCAUUGUUGACCUUCUAGGUCGGGCUGGGAGGCUGGCUGAUGCUGAAGAUUUCAUAUUGAACUCAGGCUUCGAUUAUGACCCUGUUAUGUGGAGGGCUUUGUUGGGCUCUUGCAGGAUCCAUGGGGACAUAGAAAGAGGUGCAUGUGUCGCAAAGCGGAUAAUGGAGCUGGAGCCUGAUGCCUCUGCAUCAUAUGUGAUUCUGUAUAACAUGUACUUGGAUGCCGGAAAGCAGUCUUUAGCAACAAAAAUAAGAGAUUUGAUGAAAGAUCGAGGAGUGAAGAAGGAACCUGGUCUUAGUUGGAUCGAAAUAGGGGCAUCUGUUCACUCAUUUGUUGCAGGGGACAAGUCCCAUCCCCAGAGUCAUGCAAUAUAUACAAAACUAGAGGAAAUGCUAUCAAAAAUAGAAAAGAUUGCUUAUGCUAGGACUGAGACUUUGAGGUUCAAUGACCCCAGUCCAGAAAAGAGACAAAAUUUAAUGAACUGCCAUAGUGAGAAGCUGGCGGUAGCACUGGGAAUGAUUGCUUUGCCAGAGGCAGCUCCAAUACGAGUGAUGAAGAACUUGAGGGUGUGUCAGGAUUGCCACACAACCAUGAAAUUGUUCUCAGAGAGUGAAAGGAGGGAGAUUGUCCUCAGAGAUCCAAUUCGCUUCCAUCGUUUUAGAGGUGGUUUGUGUUCUUGCAGGGACUUCUGGUAAUAAGAGCUGCCACAGUAAGUGCUUUUGCCAGUAAAUCUCAGUUGUGCCAUAUGCUUUCUUGGUGAUACAUCUGUCAAAGAGCUUCGAGGAUGUUCGAAGAACUUCUCAAAGGCUCCGUAAUCAAGAACUUGAGGGUGUUUACAGGUUCUCACAAAACAAUGAAACAGUUUGCAAGAGUGAAAGGAGGGAGAUUGUUCUCCAAGGUCUGACUCAGAUUCACCAUUUUAGAGGUGGUUUAUGUUGUUGCAGGUACCACUGGUAAUUGAAUGGGCCACACUUGGAUGAUGUUAACCCAGGCAACAUAGGAAGAUUCUUGGUUAUAUCUAGAUUGUGUCAAAUUCUUCAGAAGUACUAAAAAUUCAGAUGAUUUUUUUGGCAGAAUUGAUGUCUGAAAAGAUUUAUACUGUAUACAGAGAGUCUGAUUCUUUUGCUCAUAAAGGGAGCAUCUGGAUAAAAGCUUGACAGUGCUAUUGGAGAGUAUUCUUACAAAAAGGGGACCGCCCUUGGUUAGUAAUUGUUUCGAACGGCUUAGUGUACAAUAUCGAGGAGACUAAAUAGCGGCUAUUACAUUAUACACGUCAUUUCGAUGCCUUGUUGGAGAUUAGUUACAAAGCGGGUUCUUUUGUUGAGGAGGACCUAAAUAAACAGAUUUUGUACCAUGUAGAGCUGCAAGGGAAAUACUCUCUGAGUGGGCGAUAUUUGUUUGUUGUAGUUGCAAAAACCGGCUCUCUAGAGUUGUAAUACGUAACAAUGAAAAGCUCAUGGAAGCAUUUUCGCCCAUCAAAAAUUGUUAAUGCCUUCAAAACCAGCAAG